AUGGCAAAGCUCACAGAACGUGAGUUGGAUCGGACCUAUGCUUCUUUAAAAUGUGAUACACCAGUUCAGGGCCAUAAGAAGUCCGGCAACUAUGAAUGCAAUUCUCAGCGGUCUUUUGAGACUAAGCAAGCAAAAGUGUCUGGAGUGGCACGUACGACUCUCCAUGCUCUCCAAACUCGUUCGUCCAACUUGCGGUCAAGGUGGAUAGGCUCAAUGAUAGACUUGACCAAGGCCAAUGUCUGCAAGCUCCUGGUGCGGUAG